UGUGACAUCUAGACAAAUUUGAGGUUAGAAUAGUGUCAAUACUUCAAAAUCAUUAAAAAAAAAGUGCAUAGAGGAAAGUAUUUCGGGUAUAAAUUCAAACAGAAAGGCAGUAGGAGCCCCCUUUUAGCUUUUAAUGUGUUGUGGGUACACAAUGAACAUUUCGGUAAACACAUAGUUUGUUGGUAUCAUAAAUGGAAGCGAUGGAAACAGUUCAGCAAGAGCCAUCACAGGCCAUGGACAAGACCAAGGCCCUUCAACUUGUACUCCUUCGAUGCCUUACGCAUGGCGCCUACGACUUUAGCACGAACGGCGACGACCUCAUACUGGAGACCUCUGAGGAAACUGUCGUAAUUCACUUCCAUCUUGUUUCGGAACCCAAGCCUUUGCAGCACGACGACUUGGACUUGGCACGAGCCGUCGGUGCGAGUGCUAAGUAUUUUAUAUUUACUAACUGCCCGGUAGAUCAGCUUAAUGUUAAGGAUCGCGCGGUCGACAAAUUCGGGUUUCUCAACCUGACGAACAUACGCGAGCUCGCGACCGAACAUUUUUAUGUCGAUCGGAUUCCUUCCGACCUCAACCCAAGUAUUACCGAAGCUCUGCAAGAGUUCACUAGUCAGCGCGGCAUAAGCCGUUUCUUCUCCCAGUUGAUACUAAAUCGAUUUCAUUCGUACUUAAAACUCACCCGAGGCUUUACGCGGAGUGAUAUUAAGUUAGCUUUACUAGAAUUAUUCAUCGCUAGGUAUAAGGUGGAUUUGUCCUACGACACGCGGAUCAGUUACAGCGAGCUUUGGGCGGAUAUCACUCGCGAUUCGCCUUUGAUUGCGGUCGAGUCCGAGUUUGCUAGUGAGACGUUUUUGAAGUCGCACACCGCGGGAGUCAUCGCUAAGUUUGGAGAUUCGUCCGAGAUCGCCUAUCGCAACCUGUGGGUGUCGGGGGAGGUGGCGCUCUUAUUGUCGACGCCCAGCUCGAAGGACCACCUGAAUGUUGUCAACAUUCUCAAGGCGUUUUCGGCCGGUGUGAAAGUGACGGUGCUGACCGUUUCCGGCCACGAGAGCGUGUUGUGCUUGAACGAGGAGCAGUCCAGUGGGUUACUGAAAUGCGAGGCCAACUUGCAAGGGAAGUCGACGUUUCGGCUCGGGGAGUUCAUGGAAGAGCUGACUUCAUUGAAGGCCAGCGAUGCCAUUCGGGUGAUUACCAACAAUUUAAUCGUCGAUUAUUGCUACAAGAAACCUCCGGAGUAUUUCAUCGAGAGAUCUUGUACCAAAGUUAUUAUUCGGCUCGAUGCCGUCGCCAGUUUGGUGGAGGAGACCUUCGUCGUGAAAGACGAGGUGGACGGUGUCAAUGUCUCACUGGGCACUGUGGAGGGUUUGUCGAAUUUGGUCAUUGUAAAAGAGAGCCCGGUGGAUGCGUUAACAGGAGCGAGAGAGACUGGUCGCCCCGUUCACCUUCUGGUGUCGUGUGGUGAGAACUGGCUCGAGUGGAGAAGUUCUUGGGGGUGUACUGACGGUAUUAAAAAAUUUGAUAUUUCGCAAGAGUUGAGAUUGGAGGGUAAUGUUGCGCAGUUGGCUAGGGACCGCGAGUGCACGGUGCGACUGCUUGCCAUGGAGGCGUCGAUGGGUAAGUCGACGGUUUUGGAUCAUUUGGCACUUUCCAUGACAGAUCGAUGGGUUCUUGGCGUGGAUUUAAACAGGUACCUGUCCGAAGACUAUCGCAAAAUUGACCUGGUGGAUUUGUACCGGUUUUGCACACAGGACAGCUCCGAAUUGGCGCAGCUUUUGUUUGGGAAAUUCGCCGACGCGAAGAACGUAGAGGUGCUCUUUGAUAAUUACGAUCAGGCGAUUUUGAAUCAUUCAGACAAAGCGCUCGAGUUGCUUACGUCUUUGCAGCAGAAGAACGUGGGCCUUUGGAUAAUAGCAAGUGGUAAAAAUGCUGGGAAAUUGGAGAAGCAGCUCGCUACGAUUGCGAUACCGCUGAAUUCAUUUAACAUAAGAAAUUCACGCGAUUUUUUCGUAAGAUACUUCGGCAUGUUUGCAGGGUCGCAGAAGGCUGAAGUGAACACGUUCGUUGAGACGCUGUUGCGUAUGCUUCGGAGGGAGAUCGAUGCCUUUCUCGAUUCUCCCUUGUAUCUAACCCUCAUCGCCAACAUUUACAUGGACGACUUCAAGCACUUUGUUUUGACUGGUGGGUUGAGGCUCGAAGAUAACUUUCAGUUGAUCAACUUUUUGGAAACCUUCACCACAGCGUACGUCAAUUACUUAACAGACAAAUACGAUCUUUGUGACAACAAAUUUUUCUCGCAUCGUCUUCCGAUAUUGGCCCUACGCGCUGUCUUCGACCCAAGCGAUUUAUUGUACUACUUGAAGGAGGAUGCACUGGCCGAAUUUGCGAAGGAAGGGAUUGUCGAGUGCGAAUUGCCUCAUGCGAUUAUGGCCCAGUUUUUGUCUGCGAAGUGGAUGUACCAGAACUUAUCGAGCAGGCGCAUUUUGGUCAGGGCUUUAAAUAAGAGGCGAUUUUCCGAUUUGGAUCGCUAUCGGGGCACCUUUACAAUUUUCGAUCUUAUGUUAGCUAGAGAUCUUCCUCUGCACACUAUGCUCAUCCGAAGCAAACUGAAAUACAAUCCGGCCGAAACCUACGAUUCUGCCGCAACUGAUUUAGGGGGACGAAAUGCGGUGCACAUGGCCGCACUGUACGGUGUAUGUCAUCCCAGAACGAACAUCGUGCGCGGCAUCGAUCUCAACGACCAUCUGGUCACUAUCGUUACGUUAGCCGAUCGGAGUGUAAUCGAGGCGGAUGAUACGCUGUUGGGAUAUUCCGCUUUGGAUUACGCCCUAAGCAGUGGGUGCCUGGCCGUUGCCAACGCCAUAUGCGAAAAGUCCCCGCAAUUGGUCGGACGGAUUCACAUGGUCCCUACGCAGGUGGAAAGUUACAUCGCGUACUGCGUUCAAAUUGAUCACUACGCGCAUCUGUACAAAUCCUUGCUUAAAUACCUGAUUUGGCACAAAGUCGCUACUAGUCAACUGAGAAAUAACAUGGAAGCUUAUGCGUUCUCAGCUCAACUGCAACUGGACGAGCUGACCCAGCAGACUGUUGAGACCUACAUCCAGGGUUUAGAAGUUACAUCCUUGAGCCAUCUCAUGGAGAAGCUGGAGUUGAAGAGAGAGAACUCGCGGUAUUUCACCAAUCUGCACCUGGCCGCCGCCUUCGGAUCCAAACGAAACAUACUCGACCUGUUGAAAGAGGGCGCUAAAAUCUAUAACCUAGGCAGUCGAUCGUACACGCCGCUUCAUGCCGCAGUAAAUCACUACCGAGCGGACAACGUCGACGUUCUUCUCGCGGCGAGGGCUAAGAUCAACGUGAUCGACCCCUUCGGAAACACAGCUUUACACCUGGCGUGCGCGAGGCGUAAUCCCCAAAUGGUCACGAAACUCAUGCGACGAGGCACCGACAUCAGCAUACAAAACGACGCAGGCGACACUCCGUUUCACCACGCGCUGAAGCACAGCUGUGAGCCGAGCGCCGAACUGUUCCUUCCCGACAAAUACUACUCGCUCUUCUUCUCGCCCCAGACCAGUAUAUCGCGCGAUCACUGUCUGGACGUCGACUUACAGAACAAGACUGGUGACACGCCUCUGCUGCUCGCCUUGAAGCACGACUGCGGCGGAAUCGUGCGCGAGCUCUUGGAGUACCACGCCGACGUCCACGCGAUCAACCAGUCAGGCAAUUCAUGUCUGCAUUACGCCGCAGAGGUCGACGAUUACAAGACCGCCUUAGAACUGAUCUACUAUCGCGUCAACCUCAACGGCGUUAACAGCGAAGGCCAAACUCCUCUGCUGAUCGCACUUAAAUCCCUCCACGUGCGCAUCGCCAGGCUUCUGCUUUCGAAAGGCGCCCACGUUGACGGUUGCGAUCGCCUGGGCAUGACCUGUCUACAUUACGCCGCCCAAACAGGACUCAUUGGUCUGGUCGACGCCAUUUUGGAUAGGGGAGUCGAAGUUAAUCGGCGGAGUAACGAGGGCGAGACUCCCCUGAGUCUCGCUCUCACGCGAAAGAGUGUCGAUAUCGUACUGCUGCUGUUGAAGAGAGGCGCUGAUCCGAACAUUCCCGAUGGUAACGGCUGCAACGGAUUGCAUCGCGCCAUCGAGUGGAAGCUGAUGAGUACGGUGAACGCGUUGGUUGAGCACGGGUGCGAGAUGGACCAUCGAGAUAAUGAUGGCGAUGCUCCAUUGUUUACAGCCUUACGUCUUGAUGCGGUCGGUAUCGUCAAGCUCUUGCUGGCGAGAGGUGCCGAUGCAAGUGUGACCAAUGGGAGCGGUGCCACGUGUCUACACGUUGCCACAUCAUAUGCUACACUGAUGGAAGACUUCCUCAAGAUGGGGUUGGAUGUGAAUGCGGUGGAUGGUAAUGGUAAUACGCCACUGAUCAUCGCGUCGCAAGAGCGUCGUACUGCAGUAAUGAACCUACUGAUCGCGAAUGGGGCCGACAUCCUCGCCGAAAGUAGGGAGGGGUUUACUGCGCUUCACCACGCUGCUCAUUACGGAUUAACUGACCAGAUUGUCGAUCUGCUCAACCGAGGAGCUGACAUCAACAAAAAAUCGCUAGCGGGCGAGACUCCAUUGUCACUGCACAUCCGCGACUGGUACCUGGAGGCGAACACGACGAAGUUGCUUCUCAAUCGAGGCGCCGAGAUAGACGCGAUCGACUUGGAAACCGGUAACUCUCUGCUACAUUCCGCCACAGAUAAGGGCCCGCCUGGAGUGGUACGCGCUCUGUUGAAGGCCUCUGAUGAUCUCAGUGCGCGAAAUAACGACGGGGAGACCGCGCUGCACCUCGCUAUUGAACGCGAGCACUUGGAGAUUACGAAGCUUUUGCUUGCGAAGGGAGCAGAUGCUAAUAGCCGCAAUAACGGCAAUGAUACUUGCCUGCAUAGCGCUGUAGCUACUGAGAGCAGCGAGAUGGUUAUGGCUUUGCUCCAAUACGGGGCCAAGACGGACGCGACCGAUGGUGGUGGCGAAACUCCCGUGAGCAAAGCGCAGACGCUGGGAUAUUCCGCCAUUGUGAACCUGUUAUUGAAAACAGCCGAAAAGACUAACGUGGGGCUGGUGUCCGCCGUUACCAAAGGAGAAGUGUACACGGUUAGGAAACUUAUCGAGGGAGGUGGUGAUAUCAACAUGCGAGACGAGAGUGGCAAUACACCGCUUCUGCUCGCGCUCAUCGACCGCAAUGUGGCGAUUUCUGAUUUUCUUUUGUCGAAAGGGGCGGAUGUCACCGCGCGAAACAGUGACGGUUACACAGCUUUACAUUACGCAGCCGACCUUGGAGAUAUGCAAAUUGUUCGGGAAGUUCUCCGAGGGGGCUGUGAUAUUGAUGCGGUUAACACUGCUAGUGAUUCUGCUUUGUUACGGGCUAUGGCCAGACCUUAUCCAAACAUCGCACAACUACUUCUCGAACGCAACGCGAAAGUCGAGCUACCUCCGCACAAUGGGAAAGGAUCGUGUCUUCACGUGGCUUGCGCGUAUGGCUCCGAAGACCUUGCUGCGCGACUACUCAACGUGGGUCUCGACGCCGACAAGUUCGGAGAUGUAGGAAUGACGCCGUUGAUUCAUUCGUUGGCGAGCCGUCAUCGACGGAUCGCUCUAACUCUGAUCGAGCGUGGCGUCGACCUCAACGUUAUGACCGAUUACGGAGACUCCGCUCUUUCAUGGGCCGUCAGUCACCAGUACUGUGAUAUCAUCACCCUAUUAAUAGAGAAAGGGGUGCUGAUGGAUUACUGCGACGAAAACAUGGGUUCCCCAUUAAAAACCGCGAUCGCCAACGAAAAACGGGAGGCCGUUAAACUGCUACUCUCCCGUGGAUGUAACGUUCACCUGGGGAACGCAUCGGAAGGAUACCCCUUGCACGCCGCGGCAGCUGGCGACUUGCACGAUUUCGUCUCGACUAUCAUAGAUAACGGCUUCGAUGUCGACAAGAAAACCAUCUCCGAAAGAAGCGCACUCUUCAUUGCAGCCGAUAGGGGCAAAUACGCUACCACAAUGGCCCUGAUCUCAAACGGGGCCUCCUUAGAUAUCUACAGUAAUAACUUCUCGUCAAUCCUCUGCCUGGCGGCCAAAAACGGAUGGGAAGAAAUGGUCGAAGAUCUCAUAAAAAACGGAGCGGACAUUCAUCACCGAAACAACGAUAACGAGACCCCCCUACUUCUUGCACUAUGCGAAUCGAGGGUUAACGUCGUGAAAUUGCUGUUCAAGGCGAUACUCGCGCACGACCUCAAGGACGGUGAACUUAACUACCUUCACCGGGCGGCGGAAUUCGGCGACAACCAAAUCGUGUCCGAUCUCCUGAAGAAGGGUUUCGAGAUCAAUAAGCGGAACGACUACGGUGAAACUCCCCUACUGCUUGCGUUUCAUCACGAAAAAUUGAGCACCGCCAAGCUUUUGCUCGCGAAGGGAGCGGAUCGUAACGUCGUCAGUUACGGAGAAGCCCUACCCUGUUUCCACGCCUUCGCCCGUUUCGGCUGGGACGAUAUGGUUCGGAGUAUGUUGGAGGAGGGUGUCGACGUCAACGCCAAAUCACACCAGGGCUGCACCCCGUUGCACGUUGCCACCCAAAACGAAAACUUCUCUACCAUCGCGGUUUUGCUAGCACAUGGGGCUGAUCCGACCGUACCGAGCGCCAACGACGAAACGCCACUGGAGCAGUGCGUCCGCAAUCACUGCAAGCGAACCCUCAAAGCUUUCCUGGAGAAAAUCGACGCGAGUAAAAGCCAAAAGUGCGUGAAUUAUGCCGCGUUCUUAGCAGUUGAUAGUAACCACUCAGACCUGCUGGAUGCCUUUAUCGAUUUCGGUGUUGACAAUCACGAAAACUCUUACGGAGAGAGCACGCUCUCGAACGCCAUAAAGAACGGGUACCACAAUAUAUUACGGCAUCUGCUGGACAGAAACGGAAACAUUGACGACCUGAACUCGUCGGGUGAAAGUCUUUUAAUGAUCGCCGCGAAAUCUGGCGACGUCGACAUGGUAAAGUUGCUCCUGGAGCGAGGCGCCGAUGUCACCCUGGCUAAUUAUGAAGGGGAGACGUAUCUACAUCUCGCCGCCUGCGACACCGAGGAAAUGCUCACCUUGUUUCUGGACGGUGGCAACCUGGAGGCGAAGAACCUGUCGGGACUGACGCCUCUAAUGCUGGCACUGAAAUUGUCAUUCACGCAUUCGGCUCGGUUGUUGAUUUCAUGGGGUGCCGAUAUACACACCGAAGACUUCAUGGGCAACACUUGUCUGCACAAUGCCGCCAGGGCUGGAGACCACGAAAUGGUCGGGCUUCUUUUGGAAAGCGGGCUCGAUAUGCUCCGGAGGAAUGCCGAAGGUGACGAUUGCUUAGACAUGGCCAUCAACAACGGUUCGCUAAGUGUCGCGAAGCUGCUGAUCGCCCACGGGGCGGACCCUAACCAGGCGAACCGCUACGGCGAGACUUGCCUGUUAAAAGCCAUCGAGGCGGACAGCGAACUCGUCGCCGACUUUCUUGCGAGAGAAGUCGACGUUAAUUGCCAGGGAAACGACGGUCACACCCCAUUCACCCAGGCCCUCGAGAGGUGCAAUACAGACCACGCGAAAUUGUUGCUGGCGAAAAACGCCGACGUUAGCGUGCGAAACCGUCAAGGCUCGAACUUGCACUACGCCAUCACGCAAGGUGUCGACAUCGUCGACGCGUUACUUGAUCUUGGCGUGGACGAGGAGGAUGAGCAGGGCAACACUCCGCUGCUUCUCGCCGUUAAAACCGGCGCGCUCGAGACUGCCAAGCUCCUUCUGGAGAAAGGCGCAGAUGUGCGCGUCAAAAACAACGAGUACAACACCUGCCUGCAUUACGCGACCGAUCACUCUGAUGUAGAGCUUCUGCAAAUGUUCCUCGGGAAAGGCAUCGACGUAAACUGCAGCAACGUACUCGGCGAGACUCCCCUUCUUAAAGCAUUAAAAGGUGAGAAAUUAGAUCACGCUAAAAUACUACUCGGUGAAGGUGCCGAUUGUAGCGUCGUCGACAAUGAGAACGGCUCCUGUCUGGUGUACUGUGCCCAGUUUGGCUUCGAAGAACUGCUCGCCGAUUUCAUUUCGAAAGGGCACGACGUUAACCUAGCAUACUCCGAAGGCAGCCCGCUUCAGAUGGCCUUCAAGGGAAAACACGCAGGCGCAGUCAAAUUGUUGCUAGCAAAUGGGGCCGACAUCCACUCCUGCACUUCUUAUUACGAAACCUGGGUGGACCAAGUCAUCGCGCUUGAAGACGUUGAAAUAGUGCGAACGAUACUCGCGCAAGGGAUCGACGUAAACGUCCGAUUAUCACGAAACGAACCCCUACUGAUUACGGCCCUGAAAGAGAAGUGCAGGGCUAUGGUCGAUUUUUUAAUCGCGGCAGGGGCAAGUGUUCGCUUGGUCAGCUACGUCACGGGAGAAUCCUGUUUGCACCACGCGGUACGUGCAGGUUACGAGGACAUCGUGGGCGAUCUCCUGGAUGAAGGUCUCGACAUCGACCGGGAAAAUAACCAGCGCGAAACUCCGCUACGCGUCGCUUUAGUCGACGGCAAUUGCGCUAUGGCAAAGUUGCUGCUGUCACGCGGCGCUUCGGUCGAGGAGGGCAACUUUCGCGACUCCUACCUUCACCAAGCGGUCAAGCUGGGUGACGACUCUCUGGUUCUCGACCUGAUAAUUAAUGGAUGCGAGCUAAACGCGCUCAACGCCGACGGCCGUACUCCGUUAACUCUCGCGGUGUUGGCCCCCAACGUCGCCAUGGUAAAUCUGCUCCUAGAGCAGGGGGCCGAUUUCGCCGUGAGAGAUAAGGCGGACCGUAAUUUGUUGUACGCCGCGAAGAGUGUCGAUGUCAAAGAACUUGUUGAUAAGUUUGUUAGUCUCGGACUUGCAGAUGAGGAGUUCGAAAAUAUUGUGUUGUAAUUGCUCUGUAAUAAUUUAAUUUGUAAAAUUGUUUUAAAUCUAUCUAUUUUUGCUAAUGUGACUAAUUAGGUUUGAUCAAUGGAUGAGAUUUAUGCACCAAACGCUUUUUUAUUGUUGUUAAUUUUGUUUUUAAAUAAAUAAAUAUGAAAGUUAUUA